UUCAAAAUUGAAUAACCUCAAAAUCACAUUUCUGGUAAUCUUUCUUUCUUGAAACAGAGCUUGACAAAAUGGGUAAAGUCAAGUGCUCAGAAUUGCGUACGAAGGAUAAGAAGGAGUUGCUCAAGCAACUCGAAGAACUCAAAACUGAAUUAACUAAUCUUCGAGUUGCUAAAGUUACUGGUGGAGCAGCUUCUAAACUUUCUAAAAUACGUGUUGUACGUAAAGCUAUUGCUCGUGUAUACAUUAUUAUGCACCAGAAGCAAAAAGAAAAUUUAAGACUUUUGUACAAAAAUAAAAAAUAUAAACCUUUGGAUUUAAGGCCAAAAAAGACCCGUGCGAUCCGUAGGAAGUUAACGCCUUACCAAGCAGGCCGUAAAACUCUAAAAGAAAUCAGAAAGUUAUCUGCAUGGCCAAUGAGGAAGUAUGCUCUUAAGGCAUGAAAUAUUUAAUAUAUUUCAAAUUAAAAUAAAUUAUAAAAAUCCAAAAAAA